CCCUGGCGACAAACAAAAUCCCCUGACGACAAAACAUCUACCUUAGUAAAAAAAAACAUCUACCUUAGAGAGAAAAAAGAAAAGAGAUAAAAGAGGAAGAAAAGAAUGGCUUCUCUUUGGCUGAAGUUAGUAUUCUCCUUAAGUCUAAUAGGCCUCAAUUGUAUGGCUAAAUCAACUCUGCAUCAAGAAACCGAAAUCGAGUGUGUCUCUAUAAACAAACAGUCUGCAUUACAACAUCCUCUUAUGAAGAAUCAUCGUAUACAGACUCGACCAAGUCGAGAGCUUUUAUCAAUGCUUUCUACGUCCAAUGGUAACAUACUCAGAGAGAUUGGUUUGAAGGGAUCAGAAGAAUGUCCAAAGGGACAAGUACCGAUUCAUAAACCAAAAACCAACUUAACCGAUAAUCUUAUUCAUCCCCAACAACUUCCUAAAGAAGGCCGUCUCCUGAAACAAACUCGUAGGGAUAAACAACAGAAGAGAAAGAACAAGCUACGUACAAAAACUAAAAGCAAACCCAUCUCUUCCGCAAUGUUGUCUCAAAAAAAUAAGAGACAACACCGCCGGCCAACAUUAUUUACAGAGACCCAUCUACAUUAUGCAAUUGUUAAGACAUUUCUAAAUACGACCACGAAAUGGCGUGGAGCACAAGCAUUGUUUAAUAUUAACAAGCCCCUAGUAGCACAAAAUCAGUUUAGUAAGGCUUGGAUUUGGCUUAAUUACAUACAAGGAAGCGUGACGAGCAGCAUCCAGUUUGGUUGGGCUGUGCAUAGGAAAUUAUAUCCAGACGAUCGUCCAAGACUAACCACAUUUUGGACGUCAGAUCGAAAUCAAAAAGGAUGUUACAAUGCGAUAUGUCCGGGAGGCUAUGUUCAAAUUCAUAAAUCAAUCUACCCCGGUUUGGUUUAUGAUCAUAUCAAUGUUCCAGGAGGAAAACAGAACACUGUUCAUCUUUCUGUUGCUGAGGAUCCGGUGACCAAAAAUUGGGUAUUGACGAUAGGAUCCACAAUGAUAGGCUAUUGGCCGCGUCAAGGUCACAUGGCAGAAGGAGCUUCUGAAGUUUACUUCGGUGGAUUUGCAGGACACAGUGAUUUGUCUCAACCCACGACAACAGGCCCACCUAUGGGAACUGGAGCUUUUCCGACACGAGAUUUGAGUCGGUCUUGUUUCAUGAAACAACUUAAAUAUGUUCUUUCGGAUUAUUCAGUGGUAGAUAUUAAUUCCAACGAGGUCGAGGUUUAUGUGGAUAGUCGUAAGUGUUAUGGUGUAAUGUUUCUCAAGUAUGUAGAUUUUGAUUCGAGAGAGACUCUUACCUUUGGAGGACCAGGUGGACAAUGUUAAUUUAUAAAUAUAUACAAAAUUGUUGUAAAUCAUCACUAAGGAUGGAUCUCCAUAACCGGCCCACAUACAUGUCCAAGUCCACAAGUUCUAUUGGCCACAUUCUCUUAUACUAAGUCGGUUUUAGGAAUUCCAUUGUACUUAAGGUUUAUAUACUAUUAUAUAUGUACUCUAUUCGAUUGAUU